GCCACCGCCUCUCCCGCCUUCGGUCCGUGACCCCGGGGGAGGCAGCGCGGGCCCGGGCCCGGCCGCAGCCCGGCAUGGCCCUGGCGGGUGCCCUGGAGCGGCUGCAGGAAGAGGCCAUCUGCCCCAUUUGCCUGGAGUACAUGAGCGAGCCCGUCAGCAUCGACUGCGGGCACAACUUCUGCCGGGGCUGCAUCGCCAAGCACUGCCAGGACAAGGGGCUCUGGGCCGAUGGGCCCUUCUCCUGCCCGCAGUGCCGGGCCUCCUGCCACCGCAGCGGCCUCCGCCCCAACAGGCAGUUGGCCAACAUCGUGGAGAGCAUCCGGCAGCUGGGGCUGCGGGGCGGUGCGGGGGCUGCCGAGCCGGGGACCCCGCUCUGCGCCCUGCAUGACGAGCGCCUGAAGCUCUUCUGCGAGGAGGAGGAGGAGGCCAUCUGCGUGGUGUGCCGGGAGUCCCUGCACCACCGCUCCCACACGGUCUACCCCAUCGAGGAGGCUGCCCAGGUCUACAAGGCCAAACUCCAGAAAUCCCUGGAGCAUCUUUCAAAGGAAGUAGAGGAUGUGAAGAAGCGUGAGUCAGCGGAAAGGAUGAAAACCCAGGAGUGCAAGGAGGUGGUGAAGAAAAAGAGGGAGAAGAUUGUGAAUGAGUUUGGGAAGCUGCAUCGGCUGCUGGCUGAUGAGGAGAAGCUGCUGCUCCAGAAGCUGGAGGAAGAAGAGAAGAGAAUUCUGCUGAUGAUCAAUGAAAAUCUGUCCAGGAUGGUGGAACAGAAGUCCUUGAUGAAUGAUCUGAUCUUGGAGAUAAGAGAGAAGACCCAGCAGCCAGCAGAUGUGCUGCUCAAGGACAUGAAGAGCAUUCUGAGCAGGUGUGAGGGGAUGAAGUUCCAGUCCCCCAGAGCUGUGUCUGUGACCCUGAAGGAAAACUACAGCAUCCCCGAGCGGUGCCUGGGCAUGAGGGACAUGCUGAAGAAGUUCAAAGUGGAUGUGACUCUGGACCCUGAGACAGCACACCUGGAGCUCAUCCUGUCCGAGGACCGCAAGAGCGUGCGGCGUGGCAGCAAGAAGCUCUUCCUGUCCUUCUUUGACAACCCCCGGAGGUUCAGCAACACUCCAGUGGUGUUGGGGAGUCAGAGUUUCUACUCGGGCCGCUGCUACUGGGAGGUGCAAGUGGGAGACAAGCCUGAGUGGGGCUUGGGGCUGUGCCAGGAGUCUGCCAGCAGAAAAGGCAACAUCCACUUCUCUCCUGUCAAUGGGUACUGGGUGCUGAGGCUGCAGAACGGGGGCAACUACGAGGCCCUCACCUCCCCUGUCUCUCCACUGACCCUCAGUGUCAGACCCCGGCGCAUUGGGAUCUUCCUGGACUACCAGGCAGGAGAAAUCUCCUUUUACAAUGUGAGCGACCACUCCCACAUUUACACCUUUACUGACAGAUUUUCAGGCAGCCUCCGGCCUCUCUUCUUCCUGGGUGCCUUUCUGGGGGGCAGAAAUGCGGAGCCCUUGGUCAUCUCCUGGGUCAGCGACACACAGGGGUCCGGGUGCAACAUCCUGUGACAGUGGCUGCCCUGACUUCUUGUUGGUGAGCAGAGACCUAGGAGCCUGAGCAGCUCCUCCUGUGAGCAGGGCAGCACCAGGGAAAUAGCUGUGUGCUCUGGCGAGUGUCAUGGGAGGGUCCUCGUGGAUGGGUAUUGGACAUCUGACCACCAACACCUCAAGACCAUGAACUGCUGAUCAUUAUGCAGUUGUCCUGGUGCUGACUCAGCAGUGUAGAAGUGUUUGGCAAUCACUGGCCAGCAGCCAAGUGUCCUUCCCCCCCUUGUGUGCUCCUGGCUGCUGGGGAUGGCACCCACCUCGUGCCAGGCACUUUGCAGGGGGUGUGUGCCAUAACCUUCUGCACUGCUGCUCACCUCAUGGGCUGCUGGAGAAGGUUCUGCUUUUGGUGUGAAUUGCUCUGGAACAAAGCAAUAAAGGGUUGAUUUGGGGAGCUUC